AUUAUAUUCAUACAGCUCAACUCUGAAAUUAGAUUCCAUCCUUACUCUUCAUACUUGUCUAAAUUACUCGUAUGGAAUCAUUCUUAAUUAUCAGCAUUAGUUUUCCAGCCCCUCAUAUAUGCUCUCACAACUUGAUAUAAGAUUCAAGCUGCUGGAAAGUAUUUGGAUGAAAGAGGUACAAUUUGAAUCGAUGUUGAUGUUAUCGGGAUAGUUGCGGUGUUACAUCACAAAAGAAUCCAUGUGUUGCCAUCAAAUCUGCACGGCUGCAGAGCAAAAAGAGUAGUGGUAUUAAUCUUGUUUUUGGGUUUUGAAGAAGAGUGUACUUCACUGUGUUGAGUAGCAAGAGUGAAGGGAUUCUACAAUGAAAGAAGGAGAUGCAGGAAAAGAGAAGGAGAGUUUUCUUCUCGGGAAAGGAAGGUACAAGUUCUGGGCGCUUGCCAUAAUUAUUUUGCUGGCAUUCUGGUCUGUGCUUUCAGGCAGUGCAAGGCUCAAAUGGUCUGCUGGAAAUCUUAUGCUAUUCAGUGAUGAGUUUGACAAGAGGCUACAGGAUGACUUUGAUGUUUUGGAAAUCGAGGAAAGAGAGAAGGUAGUUCGUCAUAUGUGGGAUAUAUACAUACAUAACCCUCGCCUGAAACUUACUAGUUUCUGGCAAGAAGCAUUUCAGGCUGCAUAUGAAGAAUUGGAAAGCGAAGUCCCGGGAGCCAGGGAGUCUGCCAUAUCAGAAAUUGCCAAGAUGUCUCUAAGAUUGGUAGACAUGGACCCACUCGCCCAGAAAAUGGAUGGUAAAAAGAAGCAUAAGAGAAAGCAGAAACAUCAAAUCACAGUAGCAGACAAGAAUGGAUGAAGUAGGCGAAGAAGUCUUUUUUCUAAGAUCUACUUGGGAAUCCUAAUGAAUAUCCUGGUUCUCUCUAAGUAGUUAGCUUUGAGCUCUAUCUCUUGAGCUGUUUUGUUUCAUCAUGUUGCCCCUAAAAGUGAAAAUUUACCAAAAAGGUACGGCGGUCUUCUUUUUAUCAGUAUUAUAGUAUGUGUCCUUAAACAAGGAUGGCGAUCUGAUUAGAUAUUUAAUCAGAUCUUUGUUAAACUGAGAUUAGUCAAUGUCACAUUCUUCUAUAUAGAAUAUGUACACGAGCAUUAUUGUUUUAAGAGGAGAUGAGGGUGCUCAUUACAUAUAUGGCUCCCCGAAGAUAAAAGUUAGAUUGUCUGGGUUUAUGCCAAUGGGUGUAAUGUUGAGUUCAUUUUGAAAUGCUUGCCAAAAAAUUGUGCAAGCAGCAAGUUUGUAUAACAUGCAAAUUUUACAAAUAAUUAAUAAUAUAGGUUGCAUAUUUGCUCGUUUCAA